AUGGGUGAAGCUACUACCAAUCCUGAUCCCUCUCACCUGUUAAGCCGUUUGGAGGAUAUUUUGGAAUCUGACCCUAUAAUUGAUGAAGUGGGGUUUAUUCAUCCAAAUCAGUUCACCGCAUUCACUGAAGAGGUUUGUAGUAAAUCUUCCUCGGCCUCUGGAACUAAGCUUCAACUAGAAGAUGGUAGUUAUGAUAAUUUUUUUUGUCAUCACGGACACAAGCUUGGCAUCAGUAUCUUUGUUCUAGUUCCUCUCUAUCGUGUGGCUAAAGAUGCAUUUAUGGAUGCUUAUGACCAAUAUGUAAUCUCAUGCGAGUCUCGAGCAAAAACAGUUGAUGAACUAGAUGGAAAUGCAUUGUUCCUGGACAUUGUGGAAAAGGAAGUUAUGAAACAUAGCAAGGCACUUCUUCUAUUGAGCAGUGAUUUUGGAACUGCUUGGAACUCCAGGAAAGUUAUUGUGUCAAAGAAGCUACUACUUCCGAUGUUUAUGGAUGAACUACUCUUAUCAGCUUUAGUUCUAUCCUAUUCACCAAAAAGCGAACGUGCUUGGAGCCACAGGAGAUGGGUGAUCAAGAUGAUCACUGGAAAGUGCACAAAUCUACAAGAGAUUCUGGACAGAGAAUCGCAGUUAGUGGAAACUCUUGCUGAGAACUCUAAAAUGAAUUAUCGUGCUUGGAAUCACCGCUGCUGGUUGGUUUCCUACAUGUCAAAUUCACAGGUUUUACUUGAGUUGACGAGUUCAAGAGCUUGGGCUGGUCUUCACGUUGCUGAUAACUCUUGCUUCUCUUACCGAGCUCGCUUACUACUCCAUAUGAUAGAGAGUUUACAGCAGAACAAGGAUUCUGAUGGCUUGUCAGGUGCAGAAUUACAUAAAACAUUGAAGGACGAACUCGACUGGAUUGGCAUGUUGAUAAGGCGCUAUCUGGGAAGAGAGGCUUUAUGGCUCCAUCGUCGUUUUCUCUCUCUAGUAUGGGUGAAACAACACUUAGCACCUGAUUACGAUCACAGUAAUAUGUUCUCCAACAGUCCCUGCGCAAGUUGCAACAUUAGUGUGUUUGUGAAAGACGAGCUGAUACUACUCAAUUCCUGCUUAAAUUUCCCCAAUGAAGAAGAUGAUUUCGGGGAUUAUGCAGCACAAGCGACCCAUGCUGCUACCUACGUAUUGUGGCUUGCAAAGCAAUUGCCCAUGUCUUUUGGGGUCGAGCUCCAGAAGAGUUCAGAGUAUGAAGGUUGGCUCAGACCUUUGCUUGACGAUAUUGGAAAGAGCUGCCUUUGGGAAUCUUUUGCCGCAAUCCGUUGA